GAAGUCCUAGGGAAGCUCGCCCGCGGUUGCCCACACCACCCCCAGCCAUGGCCUCGCCGGCGGCGGCGUCGCGCAUGGCCAUCAAGACCUUCAACAAGCUCAACGCGGCGGGCCUCGCCCGCUUCGACCCGGCGAUCUUCCGCAUCGCCGAAAGCAGCGAGACGAACGCCCACGCCAUCCUCCUGCGGUCCCACAAGCUCACGGAGAGCGACGUGCCCAUCAUGUGCCGGUCCAUCGCGCGCUGCGGCGCGGGCACGAACAACUGCAACGUCGCCCGCAUGACGGAGCUCGGCGUGCCCGUCUUCAACACGCCGGGCGCGAACGCGAACGCGGUCAAGGAGCUCGUGCUCUGCGCGCUCUUCAUGUCGUCGCGGGGCGUCAUCGAGGGCGCCUUCCACAUGGACGGCCUCCACGCCGAGGGCACGGCCCACGAGCGCAUCGAGAAGGACAAGGCCUUGUUCGGCGGGCGCGAGAUCGCUGGGAAGACCCUGGGGGUGGUCGGCCUCGGCGCGAUCGGCGCGGCGGUGCUCAAGGCCGCCCUGGGCUUCGGCAUGGACGUUGUCGGGUAUGAUCCGUCCUUAUCCGUCGAGGGCGCGCUGCGCCUGCCGGGGCGCAAGAUGAAGAUGGUCGACACGCUGGACGAGCUCGCGGCGGUCUCGGACUACGUGACGCUGCACGCGCCCUACAACGACCACACGAAGGGCUUGGUGGGCGGCCUCGCCGCGUUCUUCGAUUCGGGCGCGACCGGGCGCUACGUCUGCGACUUCGCCGUCGGCCCCGAGCUCUCGAAGCGCCCCAACGUCAUCACGAUCCCCCACCUCGGCGCGUCCACCGACGAGGCCGAGGAGAACGCGGCGGCCAUGGCCGCGGACACGACGUCGUUGUUCCUGCAGACGGGUUCCAUCCGCGACUCCGUGAACUUCCCCACCACCACGCUCCCCGUCCGCGACGACACGGUCAUGCGCGUCUGCCUCGUCAACGAGAACCGGCCGGGCAUGCUCGGCGACAUCCUCUCCGUCUUCGGCAACAGCGGCAUCAACAUCACGCAGCAGAUGAACACGUCGCGCGGCGACGUCGCCUACAACGUCAUCGACAUCGAGCGCCUCGAGAACUUCGAGGACGUCCACUUCAAGAGCUGGGACGCGCUCCAGUUCCUCCUCACGUCCAUGGACGGCGUCAAGUCCACGCGCUACAUCCACGGCUCCAAGCAGUCCGCGAAGCACAGCGGCUUCGCGGUCAACUUCAACGGCCAGGUCUUCGGCAUCGGCUCCAACUACACGCCGAGCCUGCCGUCCUUCGGCGAGCUCAACGAGAUCAUGGGCCCCCACGAGCGCGAGGCCUAGGAGUGGCCUCGCCCCCGAAAAAAAAGUAAGCAAAAAUUCACAAGG